UCAUUUAAUUCUCUAUUAAAAUGAAUAUAUAUACAUCAACUAUUCCUAAUAAGCCAAGAUUUUCAUACUAUGGAUAGUAUUGAUAAAACAACAAACGACAUCAAUAUAUCUAGAAAAUUGUUUUAAGUAUGUAAUCAUUGUCCAAUAUUUUUGUGUUUUUUUUGUUUUGAUAACUGUGAUUAUCUUCCUCAUGAAUAGACUAAUGUUUUACUAAAAUCUAUUUUAUUCAAAUCAUAUCAAGUUUAAAAAAAUUAAUAUUCAAACAAAUUAACUAAUUCCUAUUUCAAAUUGAUUCUUGAACAAUAUCAACAACAAACCAUUUUAUCAUCAAUGUCAAGACAAACAUUCAAUGAAUUUUUAGCUGGUGCUAUUGGAGGAUUAGCUGGCUUAACGGUUGGUCAUCCAAUGGAUACUGUCAAAGUUGUUAUGCAAAGUUCGUCGAGAAAUUUAACAUUUAAAGAAGCGACUGAUUCGAUUCUUGAAACCGGACUAAGACGAUUUUUUACUGGGCUUGCAAUUCCGUUUUAUUCAUAUGGAUUUAUCAAUGCCGUAGUAUUUACUGCAUACAAAGAGUCACUAAGUAUAUUUGAUGCAACUGGUCAGUCCCCAUUUGCAAAUGCUAUGGCCGGUGCUAUAUCAGGAGCUGUACAAUUGAUACCAGCUGUUCCAGUUGAAGUUAUUAAAAUACGACAACAAUCCAUAGCAAGUCAUCCAGGUGAAAAACAACUGACUGCUAGAAAAUGUAUUCAUACCAUUUUACGUAUGCAAGGAUUUACUGGAUUUUACUCAGGAACAAUUAUUCAAGCAUUUCGUGAUAUUCCAGGACUGACUGCUUAUUUUUAUGCUUAUUCUGAAUCAAUAAAAAUAGGAAAACAUAUUGGUUUGUCAACAUUUUGGUCUGCUUUUAUUGGUGGUGCAAUAAGUGGAGCAUUAUCUUGGUGUGUUUCAAUGCCAUUUGACGUAAUAAAAACAAGACAACAAGUUGGUAAUGGAAUCACAAUUACGAAUGUUCUAAAUACACUAUUAAAAGAAAAAAGCUACAAAAUAUUUUUCCGUGGAUUUAACGUUGUUAUCACUAGAGCAUUUGUAGUUAAUGCAUGUACAUUCGCUGUCUACGAAACAGUUUAUGAACAUCUUAAAAAAUAUUAGUGAUAUUGGAAUUUGUCUUAUUUUUGCUGCUCAAUGCGAUUGUUUUUAUAAAGUUUGGAAAAUAUUUUAUUGAAAAGAUUUAUUAUUCAGAUUGUUAGUUAAAAAGAUUUGGUUUGUUAUUUACCGAUAAAGUAACUGAUAUAAAUUGAAGUAGC